AGAAAAUGGAUGUUUGACAAAGAUAAGAUAGCGAAUGGAAUUCGAACUUGCUUGUAAACUUGCCUGAAUGAUGAACAUUAAGAGGGAAUAUCUGUGGCAAUCUGCUUACCUUCCUCAAUGGAAUACCAAAUCUUUGGGACUAUGAAGAACCAUUUUUCCUGGAAACCUCUAGUAGUUGUAGAGGUCGCUGUGAUUUUAUUGAUGGCUCUGCCCUCUUGCAAUAGUGGAAAUAUUCUGGUAAUCCCUGUGGACGGAUCCCACUGGGUAAAUAUGAAAGUGCUAAUGGAGGAGCUGCAAUUGAAAGGACACAUCAUGACUGUGAUUCGAGGGUCCAAUACCAUGUACAUUGCUGAAAGGUCUCCUCUUUACACGACAAUCACAAUCCCUAUCCGUACACAUUUAACAGAGGACUUCUUCCCCAAUUUCUUAAAGAAUGUCUUUGAGGUGCAACGAGGUAACAAGUAUCUGAUAAAAUUCCUCAAAUUCCAGAAGGAACUUUUAUUCAUGAUGUCUGAAAUUCAUCGUUAUUCAUGCCAGAUGGUUUCCGAUAUACUGGAGAAUAAAGAACUGGUGAAAAGACUUCAGGAAGCCCAGUAUGAUCUAGUGCUCACUGACCCUGCCUUGGCAGGAGGGGUUGUGCUGGCUCAUUACCUUAAACUGCCACUGGUGCUGAACGUACGCUGGAUCCCCAGUGGGGAGGGACAUUCGGCUUUGGCACCUACACCCCUGUCUUACAUCCCAUCGCCAGGCUCUGGGUUCUCAGACAGAAUGAGUUUCACUGAAAGGGUUAUAAACAUCCUUUACUAUGGCAUCAUCCUCUUCCAACAACGCUUUAUGAUUGGACCUCAUUACCAAGCUCUCUGUGACAGGUACUUCGAGUCAAGUUGUGAUAUUGAGACUCUCAUUCAGUCAGCGGAUAUAUGGCUCAUGAGAGCUGACUUUGUCUUUGAAUUUCCACGCCCUACCAUGCCAAAUGUGGUCUACAUGGGUGGGUUCCAGUGUAAGCCUCCCAAAGCCCUUCCUGAAGAUUUGGAAGAGUUUGUGCAGAGCUCUGGAGAACAUGGUGUCAUUCUAAUGUCUUUGGGAACCGUGGUUGACAGUCUCCCGAGUGAUAUAUGCGAUGAAAUUGCAUUUGUCUUUGCAACAUUGCCUCAGAAGGUCAUUUGGAGGCAUCUGGGAAACCGACCUUCCAUGUUAGGUAACAAUACCCUGAUAGUGAAUUGGAUGCCUCAGAGUGACCUCCUGGGACAUUCUAAAGUCAAAGCUUUUGUUGCUCAUGGAGGAACUAAUGGAGUUCAGGAAGCCAUUUACCAUGGUGUGCCCGUGUUGGGAAUCCCCUUAUUGUUUGAUCAGUAUGACAACCUCUUACGCCUCAAGGAAAAAGGAGCUGCAAAGAUCUUAGACGUCGUCACCCUAGAAAGAGGCAUAUUCUCCAGUGCUAUACAGGAAAUUCUCCACAACCCAUCCUACAGACUAAAUAUGCAGAGACUCUCAAGGCUGCACCGUGACCAGCCAAAUAAACCAUUAGACAGCGCCAUCUUCUGGAUCGAGUAUGUCAUGCGACACAAAGGUGCCGCUCACCUGCGUUCAGAGUCCUACAAGUUGCCCUGGUACGCCUACCACUCUGUGGACGUUAUUGCCACCCUUCUGGCAGUCCCUUUACUCCUGUUAUUAACCAUCAUUGGAGUUAUCAGGUAUUGUUGCUGCAGAGUUUAUAAAAUUAAAUCCGAAUGACUUUA